CCACCGACCAGCACCACAGUCUCUUUCUCGACAACCGUCAAGAUGCUUAUCCCCAAGGCCGAUCGCAAGAAGAUCCACGAGUACCUCUUCCGCGAGGGCGUACUCGUUGCGAAGAAGGACUUCAACCUUCCCAAGCACGGUGACAUUGACACCAAGAACCUCUUCGUCAUCAAGGCUUUGCAGUCUCUUGACUCCCGCGGCUACGUCAAGACCCGCUUCUCAUGGCAGUACUACUACUACACCCUUACCCCGGAGGGUCUCGACUACCUCCGCGAGUGGCUCCACCUCCCUGCUGAGAUCGUGCCCCAGACGCACAUCAAGCAGCAGCGCACCCACGCACCCCCGCGCGGCAUGAUGGGCGGAGACGACCGUGAGCGCCGUGGUGGUGGCCGCGGUGGACGCGGUGACCGUGACGGUUACCGCCGCCGUGAUGCUGGCGAGAAGGGCGAGGGCGGUGCCCCCGGUGACUUCAAGCCCGAGUUCCGUGGUGGUUUCGGACGCGGCAGCGGCCGUGGCGGCGCCGCUCCUUCUUCUUAGGAUUGAGAAGGUGUUGGACGCGCAUGGAAUAUGGACAUGGAUUCAGGAUCGUUUACAUGAUGGGCUUUUGCUGCUUUACGCAUCUCUAAAAGGGUUCGGACAUGGUUGCUCACGGCGAAACGAAACGAUGAAAACUAUCAAUGUAUAGCUCUUGGAUCCCGUCGAGGAUUGAAACGAGCAUGCUCCCCAAUGAUACCCUGUUUACUGCAA